GUUUUUUAAACAGAAAUCUACAGUUUUAACGUGAAAUGUCGCUAGAUGAAGAAAUUAAAAAAGUGCAAGAUGAAGUUCACGAUUUACAACGACUUUUGUUUGAAAAAGAAAAGGCGUUGAAUGAACUCCGAAGGAAAAAGAUGUUAGAAGAUGCAAAAUCUCUGGUUCUAGACAAAUCUGAUAUAGAAAGAUACAGUCGACAAAUCCUGGUACCUGAUCACGGUAUGGAAAACCAAUUGAAACUUAAAAAGACCUCCGUCUUAAUCGUUGGUGCAGGAGGACUGGGUUGUCCUGCUGCAAUGUAUUUGACUGGUGCAGGCGUAGGUACUAUCGGACUACUAGAUCAUGAUGUUAUUGAAAUAACUAACCUGCACAGACAAUUGUUGCAUAACGAGUCAAGUCUGGGAAGGAGUAAAGUGGAUUCUGCAAUCAAUAGUUUAAGCAGACUUAAUUCCACAACCAACUUUAUUAAACACGAAACCCUAUUGACAAGCACCAAUGCAAUGGAUAUUAUCAAAGACUACGACCUGGUACUUGAUUGUACAGACAAUGUGGCGACUCGUUAUCUACUAAACGAUUGUUGCAUUCUACUAAAACGUCCUUUGAUAUCGGAAGUGCUUUACCAAAUGGAGGGACAGCUCACUGUCUACGGUUAUAGGAAUGGACCUUGCUAUCGGUGUAUAUUUCCUGUACCGCCUCCUCCUGAAACUGUUACGAAUUGCGGAGACGGAGGUGUUAUACCAACAGUGCCUGGGGUAAUAGGAGUUUUGCAAGCAGUGGAAGCAAUAAAAUUAAUAACCGACAAACCGACUUUGAGUGGUCGCUUAUUGCUAUAUUAUGCUGCUGAUUCAGCAUUUCGCAAUAUAAAAUUGCGAGGAAAAUCUAAAUUG